CUGGAGAACAUGGAGAACCUGCUGAAGAACAGGAAUUUCUGGAUCCUGCGGCUGCCCCCGGGGGCAAAAGGGGAAGUCCCCAAGGUCCCCGUGGCCUUCAACGACGCCUCGUUUAACUUCUCUGAGGAGGAGUGGAAGAGCCUCAACGAGUGGCAGAAGGAGCUCUACAGGCACAUCAUGAAAGGCAACUACGAGGCCGUCAUCUCCAUGGACGCUGCCAUUUCCAAGCCUGACCUGCUGACACGGAUUGAGCAGGGGGAGGAUCCCAACGCGGAGGAUCAGGAGGACUCUGAGGGAGGAGAGACCCCCACAGACCCCACCACCGAGUUUUUCUUCCCUGGGCCCGAUGACAGCUCGUGGGGUAAAUAUGAAGAGACUCUGGCUGAAAGCCACGAAGGCUCUGAGGAAGAGGAGAGCAUGGAGGUCCCUGGUACAUACGAACAGCCGUGCGAUGAGGAAGGCUCCGAGCGCCUGGAGCUUUCCAGGUCGUCGACAGGAAAGUGGGAAGAGGAGGAGGAGAUGCAGUCGAGCAGCAAGAGCCAGAGUGGGUCGGCCCCGCCGCAGCGAACGGCGACGGGCAACGGGCUGAGGCGCUCGGUGCGCCGCGGGAGAGACUUGGCCAGGAAGGAUCCCGAGGAGGCGGCGGCCGACAAGGGGCCCUACAUCUGCCACCAGAUCACCCAUGUCGGGGAGCGGCCCUUCACCUGCGGCGAGUGCCGGAGGAGCUUCCGCCUGCAGAUCAGCCUGCUCAUGCACCAGAGGAUCCACGCGGGCAAGAACGAGAUGGCCUUCCUGUGCCCCCAGUGCGGCAAAAACUUCACCCGGCCCUCCCACCUGCUGCGGCACCAGCGGACUCACACCGGCGAGCGGCCCUACCAGUGCAGCCAGUGCGAGAAGACCUUCAGCGAGAAGUCCAAGCUCACCAACCAUUACCGCAUCCACACGCGGGAGCGCCCGCACGCCUGCGCCGUCUGCGGGAAGGGCUUCAUCCGCAAGCACCACCUCCUGGAGCACCAGCGCAUCCACACGGGCGAGCGGCCCUACCACUGCACCGAGUGCGGCAAGAACUUCACGCAGAAGCAUCACCUCCUGGAGCACCAGCGGGCGCACACCGGCGAGCGGCCCUACCCCUGCACCGAGUGCACCAAGUGCUUCCGCUACAAGCAGUCGCUCAAGUACCACCUGAGGACGCACAUGGGAGAGUGAGGGGCUGCCGAGGCUUCCUCUCCUUCCCUCCCUCCAUCCCUCCCUUCCUCCUCGUCCUCCUUCUCCUCCACUGAUCUCUCCCACCCUCCCUCCAUCCAUCUCCCCCCACCCCGGCUCAGGGCAUGGACAUCAAGGAAGCUUUGUGUGGUAGCGCCGCUGGUCUGGUGGAGACUCGGCUGAUUGGAAAUAAAUUAAUGAAUUAAAGCAAGCAACGCGCGGCAAAAUUAAAAGAUUAUAUAUAUUAAAAAAAUUAACAGAAGCAGCUGAUUUAGGGGGAAUCCUCACCAACAAGCAAACAAACCACCAACAAAAGAAACCUGUACACAGGGUGUUUUGCCAGAGUAGGACUCGUAACUGCUUUUUAAAUCUACUGUUUGGGUUUUUUUUAAUAAAUGUGGAGGAACUUUUUAUUUGAUAAGCAA